AACAGCUACGUCACUUCCGGCGUCCAUCGUCAUUGGCUCAAACAAAAUCAGUCACAGGUUUGGAAAAAGUUUUAAUUAAAAUUGUCUUAAUUGUGCAGAAGACGGAAUAUGUUUGGCUUCACCCGAACAGAGGACACUCUGAAGAAUCAACACGUUGUCAAAUAGCGAUCACAAAUGGACUUUGCUGUGUAACAGUAGCUGGCUAAAAAGACCUAAAGGAAAAAGGCAGAACAUCUUCUGACAUCAGAAUUUAACUUUCCACACUGAGCGAAUCAUCUUCGUCCUCCGUUCGUCUUCUCACUUCUCAUUCCUCUGUCUGCCUUGCUGGGGCGAGAACGAGGGAGUCCAUGGAGAGAGAGCUUUAAAUGGCUGAGGAGUUGUGUACCGGCUGGUUUCGCAUCGUCGCAGGUACAGUAGGCUCCUUGGAGAUAGAGGAAUGCAAAUCUGCAACCAUGAUGGAAGGAUUGAAAAAGCGUACCAGGAAGGCCUUUGGGAUACGGAAGAAAGAAAAGGACAAUGACUCCACGGGGUCCCCAGACAGAGACGGCGGUUCUCAGAAGAAGACCAACGGAGCCCCUAAUGGCUUCUACGGAGACAUCGACUGGGACAGAUAUAACUCUCCUGAGGUGGAUGAUGAGGGCUACAGCUGCAGACCUGAUGAGGAGUCAGAAGAGGGAGCACCGCCUACCAUCAAAAAGCCCCACUUCUUUUCCUCUGACGAGUCGGAAGGAGAGGAGGACCACAGGAAAAAAUUCAAAAUCAAGAUUAAGCCGCUGCCGGCCGAUCGCGUAGCGUCGGUGCCCUCGGUCGACGAGCUCAAAGCCUCCAUAGGGAACAUAGCUCUGUCCCCGUCUCCUAUGAGACGUAGUCCGGGUUUGAAAAGGAACCCAUCCAGUGAGGAGAUUGCCAGACCGAGACGUGUCGUCCCUACUUUACCCACUGUGGCCCCCACACCAGCUCCAGCACCACAACCCCCCAGCAGUCAACAAACACCCUUCUCUGAAGACACCACAGCCUUAUUUGGGCCUCCUUUGGAUACAGCCUUUGGAGAACCGAAAACUGAAGUGGGUCUGUCUGAGUCCGAUGUGUGGGGAACUCCCCUGUCAGAGCCUGAAUCUGAAUCCUCUUUGACAAGAUCCUUCCCCACAGGAACUCCACCUCCACUUCCACCCAAGAAUGUCCCAACCUCUCCCCCGUCUACUCCAGAUGACACUGUGUCAACAGAAGCAGACGGUUCCACCAGGAAGCCCUCAAUAGCCGACUUGGACAACAUUUUUGGACCAGAACAGUCUCCCUCUGCUGGCGAGGAAGCAGGUGACUCGUGGGUCUGCUUCAGUGCAGAAUCUUCUGAGCGGCCGCCUCUGCCAGUGGAACCAGCGCCUCCUCUACCAGGCUCCCCGCCUCCACCUGAAUCUCCUGCCCCACCCUUGCCUACAUCACCUCCUCCUCCAGAAGACCCUGCUCCACCUCUCCCUACAUCCCCUCCCCCAAAAGAAGAACCCUUGCCCCCUCUCCCAACCUCCCCUACUUCCUCAGAGGAGCUCCCUGCAUCUCCUACACCUGAGGACCGAAAUUCUAUCACGCUCGCCACCUCUCCACCACCACAGGAGCUUGCAUCUCCUCCCACUUCCUCUCCCCCUCCUCUCGACUCACCCGCCAGCCCCCCACCAGCCCCUGCUCCCAAAGCAAGCACCCCUCCAGUGGUGACUCCUCCUGCUGAGGGACCUGCAACAUGCUCCGUCCCACCGCCUCCUGUCCCGUCUCAAGAAGAGCAGUCCAAGAACACAGACGUCACCCAACCCAAAGACGACGGAGGUGAAACCGUCACCUCGCCCACCGAUGCUAGCCAGGGGAGUCGGACUACGCCUCCCCCACCUCCUCCACCUACAUAUCGAGCGGUGGUGUCGUCACCGGGUCCCACAUCUGGAGCUGGUGGCACGAAUAGCGGUUCCUCGUCUCCAGUGCGACCUGCCACUCCUUCGUCAGUCAGCCCCACUCCACCACCACCUCCACCUCGCCCCCCUUCACGGCCCAAACUUCCUCCAGGGAAACCCACUGUAGGAGAUGCAAAUCGUCCGUUCAGCCCACCGAUCCACUCUGCCAGCCCCCCUCCCAUCGCCCCGUUGGCGCGGGCCGAGAGCACCUCCUCCAUCUCCUCCACCAACUCGCUGAGUGCCGCCACCACCCCCACCGUCGGUAAAGAGCUCUCCGUGUCCGUGACAGAGAAUGACCAGCCAUCCCUUGUAUGGUUUGACAGAGGGAAGUUUUAUUUAACCUUUGAAGGCUGCUCCAGAGGGCCCAGUCCUCUCACCAUGGGCGCUCAGGACACGCUUCCUGUGGCCGCUGCAUUCACAGAGACGGUCAACGCCUUCUUUAAAGGAGCUGACCCCAGCAAGUGUGUUGUGAAGAUCAUAGGUGAGAUGGUUUUGUCGUUUCCGGCGGGAAUCACGCGGCACUUUGCCAAUAACCCGUCCCCCGCCGUGCUAACCUUCAGCAUAACCAACUACAGCCGACUGGAGCAUGUGCUGCCUAACCCCCAGCUCCUCUGCUGCGACACCACCACACAAGCCAAGGCCGAUGCCAAGGACUUCUGGGUGAACAUGCCAAACCUGAUAUCCCAUUUAAAGAAGGUGGCAGAGCAGAAGCCACAGGCGACGUACUAUAACGUGGACAUGCUCAAGUAUCAGGUAUCGACGGAGGGGCUCCAGUCGAUUCCUCUGAAUCUAGCAGUGAGCUGGAGAUGUGAGCCCACCAGCACUGACCUGAGGAUAGACUACAAAUACAACGGGGAGGCCAUGACGACGCCGAUGGCCCUCAACAACGUCCAGUUCCUCGUCCCUGUUGACGGAGGGGUUUCAAAACUACAGGCUGUCUUACCUCCUGCUGCAUGGAAUGCGGAGCAUCAAAGAAUCCUUUGGAAGAUUCCUGAUAUCUCACAGAAAUCUGAAAACGGAGGUGUGGGAUCGUUGUUAGCACGCUUUCAGCUAACAGAAGGCCCCAGUAAACCGGCUCCACUAGCGUUGCAGUUCACCAGUGAAGGCAGCACCCUGUCGGGCUGUGACAUUGAGCUGGCUGGGCCAGGAUACCGCUUCUCUCUCAUCAAGAAGAGGUUUGCCGCAGGAAAAUACCUGGCCGACAACUAACCCUUGCUACUGAGAACAGCACUGUUGAACAGAACAAUCGCAGUGGACUGAGGUUGACACAGAGGACGGAGGACAAACCGACACCAGACGACAGACUUUCCGUUAACAUUUUCUGAACCCACACGACAGGUCCGCAGCCUACCCAGCAGUAUUGUAUAACUUGCAUAUAGCAUCGUGGAAACUGUUUUAGGUCAUGUAAUUAUCGUAUUUGUAUUCAUUUCAUAACAUCUGUAUUGCUGCAGUUAGACACCUGGGUUCUUCCUCCCUCUGAAGUCUGUGUCUCCAUCCUCCUCUGGUCAAUGUGUGGUGGUGUUGUUUUAAACGUUUCACUGCAGCUGCCUGACAGAAGACGUGGACAGAAAAAAGAUUUUCGGCCAGAUGUUUAACUCUGGAUGACCAGCUGUUUGUUGUCGAAAGUCCAGGAAGAUUUGGCUGUAAAAAUACCCUUAAAUAAGAUCUUUGCAGUCAGACACACACCUCAGCCUCUGACACAAAGUCUAAAAGACUAGUUUAAGUUGAAGCAGGGCCCAGGACAAGUUAUAUACCUUCAUUAUCAGAUAGGAAAAUCAGCUCUUUAAAUAAUCCUUCUGUCAGAGUCUGAAGCGUGAGACAGCUGUCCUCACUGUCUUGCACCAACGGCGGCCAUUCGCGUGUCUUUUGCCUGCAAGUAAAAGCAUUCACUGAUGCAUUUUGACACAUGUUGUCACACGAGGAGAUACGUAAAUGAAAAAUUUCUUUUUGGUGCUUGAAACACAGAAUCAAGUAACGACAACUAGAUUUUCAUGCAUCACCUACUGGUACUACAGGGUCACAUGACUUUGGAUCACAUCUUUUUUAAUAUAAAUGCACUGAUCAGUCAAUCAAACUGUUGAUUUUAAUUUCUCUGGAGACGUGGAGAGGUUUUUAGCUAGUUAGGCAGCUGCAAUGAUAAAUCACUUUACUGGUUGCAAAAAAGAAGAAACAUCUGUUUUCCCGUCAGAACAAAAGAAGUGUACAAAGUGUCAUUUUAAAUCAAUAAUAUAUAUCUUAAAGGGCGUUUGGUGUUUUCCUCGUAUUGUCAGAUAGCCUUUCUGUUGUUCCCGGGACAGCAGCGAUAGACUUCAGAGUACAUGACAGCAUUCUAUUUUUAUUUAUUGACGACGAUGAUUUGUUGUAUAAAACAUGUGAUUCUGUAUAUGAAUAGAAUUUGAAUGGUAUCACACAACUCAGAACCCUUAAAGGUAUAAAUAUUUGAACUCUCUCUCUCUUUUUGUUAUCUGUGUAGUUGGGUAACCUGUGUACAGUAUAAGGUAUAAUUUUUGAAUUUAUUUCAGAUAUAAUUUUUUAACUCGAGUGCAACAGAAGAUUUGAGCUAUAUAUGGGUGAGGGGGGUAAUUUAAAGAAAAAGAUAAAUAUCUUCCUGGAUGCUGUGUUAUGCUUUGUGAAAGCAGUGUUAAUGUAGAGUUAGUUAUACCAUGGGCAAGGUCCACACUUUAAAGAGUCAGUCUGACUUUUUGGGAAGUUUUCUUUUUUCGAGAGUUCGAGAUGAACAAUGCCACUCUGGACUUUUAGCUUAGCAUAAACACUGGAAACAGCUAGCCUGGUUUUAUGGGGGAUAACAAGAUAUAACGUGAUUGAUUUUUGACUUUGGAGAUUGCUUAACUUUUCCUGUAGCGCCACCAUCAGGUGAAAUACUGUACAUAGCCCGUUUUCAUUCCCAGGGUGUCAAAUACCGAGGCUUUGUCAAGGCAUGUGAUAAGGCUGCACAAAGCACCCUUUAGCGCCAGUAUGAGACGCACCGGGCUUUCGGUUAACUACGAUGUAAACCCAUCUGCGUCAAUAUUAAACGCUCAGAGAAGGUGCGCCGGGAGUUUUGGUGAUGUAGUUUAAAGAGCAUAAAGACACAUGGAGGGUGGGAGGUGAGGUGAGGUGGAUGGGUCCAACAAACACAGGGCUUUCAUCCAGGAGACUGCUGUUUGUGUCCUGUGCGUUACGUGUCACUUUCACGUUACAAUCAUUUGAUCGUUCAUGUCAUGUGUUCACAACGUCUAGUCAUAUUUUCACUUUACAAUUCUCAAUAUUAAACGCUCAGAGAAAUUGCGCUGGGAGUGUGGUGAUGUAGUUUAAAAAGCAUAAAGGCACAUAGAGGGAGGGUGUGAGGUGAGGUGGGUGGGUCCAACAAACACAGGGCUUUCAACCAGGAGACUGCUGUUUGUGUCCUGUGCGUUACGUGUCACUUUCACGUUACAAUCAUUUGAUCGUUCAUGUCAUGUGUUCACAACGUCUAGUCAUAUUUUCACUUUACAAUUCUCAAUAUUAAACGCUCAGAGAAAUUGCGCUGGGAGUGUGGUGAUGUAGUUUAAAGAGUAUAAAGACACAUGGAGGGUGGGAGGUGAGGUGAGGUGGAUGGGUCCAACAAACACAGGGCUUUCAACCAGGAGACUGCUGUUUGUGUCCUGUGCGUUACGUGUCACUUUCACGUUACAAUCAUCUGAUCGUUCAUAUCGCGUGUUCACAACGUCUAGUCACAUUUUUACUUUACAAACGUAGUAGUUUUAAGCCCAACCAUGUCGUUUUUUUCCUAAACUUAACUUAGCGGUUUUGUUGCCUAAACUUAAAGUGUCGCCAAGGGGCGUGACAAAGCGCCGGUAUGUGACGAGUUGGGAUGGGAACGUGUUGGCACAUACCAAUAUUUUUGUUUAGGACUACCUCCAAAACUAAUGGUAUUUCCAUCAGCCUUUAAUUGUACUUUGUAUUUACAGCAGUGAUAGUUUGCAAAUGUCAGCAUGCUGACAUGCUAAACUAAGAUGGUGAACACCGUAAAUAUUAUACCUGCUAAACGUUGGCAUGUUAGCAUUGUAAUUGUGAGAAGAAGAGAGUUAGCAUUUAGCUCAAAGCACCGCUGUGCCUAAGUACAGCCUCACAAAGCUGACUGUAGUCUCUCAGAGCCAGGUUAACUGUUUCCCCCUGUGUCCAGUCUUUAUGCUAAGCUAAGCUAAGCUAUACUAACCGUCUUGUGGCUCCAGUUUAACAUUCUCAGCAGGAAAGCGAGUCAGCGUAUUUCCCAAAUUGUUCAACUUUUCCUUUUAAUAAGGUCAAGACAAUGACAACAGAAGCUUGUAUUAAUCCAACCUUCUCAGUACACAUCUACCUAUUCAGUUAUUCCUCAAUGUCGACCACAUGUCUGACCUGUUUUCUGACCUGUUUCCAUUCACCUCAGUGGUACCCCUGAUUAUAUCAUGAGCACACCCCUGACCAUCCAACCAGCGCUUGAAUCCAUGGCUUUAUUUUGCAUAAUCGUAAUGGUCUCUGUGAGAUGACAUGAGUUGAAUGAGGAUGUGGAGCGAGGUUAAGUUGACCAAAAUGCUUUUUUUUUUUUUUUUUUUGUAUUUUAUGUGCGUGUACCCCCGAACAGUCAGUCCUCUGUUAAGGAGAAUAAGCUGAAUAUUUUUAAAACGGAUAAAAAUGAAAAAAUAUUAUAUUGUUUAAUGUGUAAUAAACACUGUGCUGAUGAUGUUGAACUUCCUGAAUGCUCUGACAGUCAACACGAAGAACAAAAAGUGUGUGUGAAGUGUAGCCGAAGAUCUCCGUACUGUACUGUAUGUCGGCAUUCUGCUAAAUGCAACCAAUCAUGGUCCUUUCAGAGCCGUCGUAGAAGCAGAAUUUAGGACGAGGACUAUUGUCAACAUGUCAAUACUCCUAUUCAAUGAUAGAGUACUUUUGAUCAGUUAUUUGGCUAAUAAAAAGAUCAGAUUUGAACUAUAAUAAAGGUUUUUAUCAGUGCGAGGUGACAAUGAUUGGUGCCAUUUAGCUCCCACAUUAGUUUGGUAACAUUUUUCUCUCAGUCAUGUCAAGUCCUGAUGGAUCAACAUGGCUGACAGGAAGCUGUAACCAUCUGGGUGAACCUUGAAGCUAUCAGUGCAACAGUCACUACAGCAUUAUCUACAGAGGCCCACCACACACAUCCCCCAUCAUGCAUCUGUUAAAUUACCACUACAUGUCUUUCAGCUUGAAAGUCAUGUUGCAGUACUAAAACUCACUCUCAGUCUGUGAGAUAAUUCUUUGCAUUAUCAUAGUUAAAAAAAAAUGGAACAAUACUUUUACACAUCUUCAUCUCUGGUGAAUUUGUCCUGCAGUAAUUCAUUAUUGCAUGCAGAGCAUGCAGUAAAAGGUGGGGCGUCCAAGAUGAUAGAUAGUACUGAAAUGACGUGUUGUGCUGAGUGUCAGUUACCUGUAUUAAUGUUGAGAGGAGAGCAGGGAGUGUGUUUAUGUGUGCUAUAAGCCAGAAUGCUUUUUGGUUCUGUACCGUUAACCUCAAACACAUGUGCAAGCUGUUUGUACAGUACAUAACAACGCUAAGAUGAACUGAGAAACUUAGUUUGCUUCUUUCCAAAACCAAUAAAAGUUAUAACUGGA